GCUCCCUUCCCCCGUUCUACGGACCUGGGUAUCGGCGGCCGCAGGGCCGCUCCCGGGGCCACAUGGCUGAGGGGGACACAGGGAGCGACCAGAGGCAGAAUGAGGAAAUUGAAGCAAUGGCAGCCAUUUAUGGCGAGGAAUGGUGUGUCAUUGAUGAUUGUGCCAAAAUAUUUUGUAUUAGAAUUAGCGAUGAUAUAGAUGACCCCAAAUGGACACUUUGCUUGCAGGUGAUGCUACCAAACGAAUAUCCAGGUACAGCUCCACCUAUUUAUCAACUGAAUGCUCCUUGGCUUAAAGGGCAAGAACGUGUGGAUUUAUCAAACAGCCUUGAAGAAAUAUAUAUACAGAAUAUUGGUGAAAGUAUUCUUUACCUGUGGGUGGAGAAAAUAAGAGAUGUGCUAAUACAAAAAUCUCAGAUGACAGAACCAGGCCCAGAUGUGAAGAAGAAAACUGAAGAGGAAGAUGUUGAAUGUGAAGACGAUCUCAUUUUAGCAUGUCAGCCAGAGAACCCAGUGAAAGCAUUGGAUUUUGAUAUCAGUGAAAAUCAACCAGAAAUAGAAGAAUUACCUCCGAUUGAUCAUGGCAUUCCUAUUACUGACCGAAGAAGUACUUUUCAGGCCCACUUGGCUCCUGUAGUUUGUCCUAAACAGGUGAAAAUGGUUCUUGCCAAAUUGUAUGAGAAUAAGAAAAUAGCUAGUGCCACCCACAACAUUUAUGCCUAUAGGAUAUAUUGUGAGGAUAAACAGACCUUCUUGCAGGACUGUGAGGAUGAUGGGGAAACAGCAGCUGGCGGGCGUCUUCUCCAUCUCAUGGAGAUUUUGAAUGUGAGGAAUGUCAUGGUGGUAGUAUCACGCUGGUAUGGAGGGAUUCUGCUAGGACCAGAUCGCUUUAAACAUAUCAACAACUGUGCCAGAAACAUACUGGUGGAGAAGAACUAUACAAGUUCACCUGAGGAAUCCUCUAAGGGUUUGGGAAAGAACAAAAAGGUAAAAAAAGACAAGAAGAGGAGUGAACAUUAAAACCUGAAACUAAAUGAAAGGUUAAUUUGCCUAUAAUUAUACACACAUUCCAUAGUCAUCAAGGAAUAUAAUGUACAGAGAGAAUAUCCUCGACUGCUCAAGUCAGUCAAUUCAUUGUGGACACCAGCAUUAUCUUUUCCUUCUUGGUUAUAUCAUAUGCCAAAAAUAGAGAACUUAUUUUAUAUUCAUGUAUGUUUUAGGCUUAUUUGGAAGAAUUAAUCUGAACUUAAUCAUCACUUCAUCUAAUUUUAGGAAGGUAACAGUUGCCUAGGGCAGUACCAGAAUUAACUGUCCAUUUCAGUACAUGACAAGUGCCUUUGUUAGGUGGGGAAGAAAUGUCUCCAGAGGAAUAUAAAUACCCGAUUUCUUGUCAUAGGGAUUCUCACACUGUUAAAUGAAUAUUGCCUUUUACUGCUCUUUAUGGCUUAUUGGAAUAGGAGCUCAUUGAAGAUUGAUCUUGGAGAGUUUCUUCUUGUGAUUUCAGUUCAUAAGUAUGUCACUUUUCAUUUUAUAGUGUUCAUCAUUGAGUAAUUGAUUAAGUGAAAAUCCAGCAGUAUCCAUCUGCAGUUAUGUGUCAAAGUGAUAAUUCAUCUAACAUAUUUGUUAGCCUAAGUGUUAUGCCUCGAUUUCUGUCACAAAUUGGUGAUUGUGUAAUUUCAUGAAGUGAUUUUCUAGUUGCAGCCUUUUUUCAUUUAAUUCUCGUAAUGUUAAACAAUGAAUAUGGAGUAUCAGUAGGCUCCUUUCAUCCCUGAAAUGUGUUGAUGUAAUAUUCUGGUUUCUUUUAACAACCCAAAAGUACCUUUCUUGUGAUCCUCAUUGAAAAAUUAGAACCAUGCUAGAAGCUAUACUAUGUUUAAUGGGACAUUUGUAUAAUGGGAUAGAAGUGUCAGAAUGACACUGGAGUAAGGCCAUGAGUAUGUUAUAAAUUUGAUAUACAUUUCCCAUCAGUGCUCCAGCAAGCUUUUCCAGUUCCAUGAUUUUGUAGAGAGAAGAGGAACAAAUCUUUAAGUUGGAAAACAGAAUCCUUUUUUUUUUUUCUAUUCUUAGCAAGUCGUCCUUUUUAAAAAAAUUAAUAUUUUAUGAAAAUUACCUCUAGACAGUAAAUUUACCUUUGAGAUAUAAAAAGUUGUGAACUUUUUCCCUUUCAGAUAUGAUUACAAUUGUUAACAGUUACUCAGUCGAUCACAGAUUUGUCUGGCAUUCUCCUCCCAAGGGAGAGGACAGAAAUUAGGAGGCAACUUUGAAAUGGUACUAGAACAUGGAAAACAUCAGAGGCUGGACAGAUUUUUUUCUUUUUUUCUUUAAUAUUUCACCUUUAAAAGUGCCAACUAGGGAUUUCUAGUAAUAAUCAAGUAAACAACUUUACACUAGGAUGAAUUUGGAGAUAUAAAAUCUUAUUUUUCAGCAUUAUUUAAUGUUAUGAGUUAUCAAGAUUCAAAGGAUAACUUAUAUGUAUUUGGAGCACUUACCUUGGUUUCCAUGAAAUGUUAAGUACGUCCUAUGUAUUAAUUGUUAAAAUUAUUGAAGAAAUUAGAGGCUGUUUAUUAACAUUAAAAUAAUUUUACAAUAUUGGUAUGUCAAAACUGAAGGGUGAAGAAAUAGCAAACAUUUCCUGCAGAAUAACAAAUCUGAGUUGAUUUUAAUUUCUUUCUUGAUAUUUUAUGUAGCAUUAUUUGGGUUUUUACAGAAAACAAAACAUCUCUUAUAUGUAUUAUCUCAUUUUCUCUUUAAAAAAAUCUUAUUUUUUAUUCUUUUUACAAAAUUACUAACCGUAUUUUACUGAAUAAAAAACCCCCAAAUCUCUUUUCCUAAAGUCAGCUGGUAAGAGGAGAGAUUCAAAAUUCUUCAUCAUACCCUUCAUUAAUGGUAGAGUAUUUCACAGUCUAUCAUUAAUGAAAACCCUAAUGAAAUUAUGUUUUUAUCUCUAUUUGAAAUUUCUAUUAAAUAGAGGAUUUCUGAUUAUCCAGGUAAUAAUUUUCUUAACUAGAUCUAUGCUAUGGAUAGAUCUAUAAUGUUUUGUAGUCUGUUCUGUUAGUUAAAAAUAUUCUCCUUAUCCCAGUACAUAAAAGCAAGUCACAUAUACUUUUUAAAUGGGGAUAGCAACAGCUGUACCAAAAGUAUGUUCUUGAGGGUAUGGAUCAUGAAACAGCCUGUUUAAAGAGAAUUAUGUCAAACUAAUCACAACCAAGAAAGAAAAGCAUAAACUGGAUACUGUUUGCAGGGCAGGUGAAAUUUAAUGAGAAAAUUGUAUAAUCACUUCUAAUUUCACAAUAGAGAUAAUCAUUAUAAACAUUUGGUAUGUACAUUUAUUAUUUUUUCUUAUGCAUGAUUUUGUAUAUAUGGCUAUUUUUCUUUCCAUAAAAUGGUAUUAAACUGUAUAUACUGUUUUGUAUCCUACAUAUUUCAUAUAGAAGUAUAUUGUUAACAUUUUCCCAUGUCAAUAAAUAUUCUUCUAUGGCUUAA